AAGAUUGGAGAUAUCAUAAAAAAAACUUUUCAAAAAGUUGUGACGGCUCUAGGCAUUUGCCUACAGAUUUAGUUUAAAUAAAUUGUUAAUAUUUUUAUUUAAAAAUACACAUAACUUGAUAACUUGUUUGUAGAUUGAUAAUUCACAUUUAUCAUCAGCAAAAAAAAAGUAAAUAACUUUCUUUAAAAAAAAGACUAUAGGAACAUCCUUAAUUUAGAUCAUUUUUCACCUUAGGACUCGUUCAUCAUUGAUCCUUGUUCUCCAUUUUAAAACACUUACACCCACACAAAAAUCCGAGACAAGAACAAAAAUUCUAAGUCUGAAUGAUGAAAAAGUUAAUAAACAUUCCAAAAAAAAAAACAAUAAAGAAAUUACCCAAAAAUUAGAAUUUUCAAUCUAAGCCAAAAAACGAUGUUCAACACUCUCUAAACUAGAUGCAAGAGAUUGGCCUCCGACAAUGGUCGUGGAGUUAAAUGUCGGCGUUAAAGAGCCGUAGUAACUCGUUAGCCGGACUAACACUAGACGCUGUUCUUGGCGGCGAAAUCGUUAUACAACCAUCAUCUCCACCUUCUCCACCGCCUUUACCGCAACAAUCACUCUUACCGCAACGCUCAACAACAAGCCAAACGCUAUUCGAUAUCAUACGCGACGAAUACGAAAAGGAAGGACACAAGGACCGGACCACGUGGCAAAUAUUCCGCGAAAAACUCCGUCUCAAACGAACCGGUUCCGCUUGGACCUCGUCUUUUCAUAUCCCCGCCUCGGAUAUUCUUAUCCCCAAUCCCAAACAGACCCGAUCACAUACCAACGGUUUAGUCUACCCAAUUCCGAUGUCUGAUCCACCUGGCUCCUCAGGACGCGGGAUGUUCACUCGCGGAUCCUCAAUGCGGGUCGGGUCGGGUAAAACCCCGGAGAAUAAUUUCGCUGACGUAAGCAUCCCUGGAGACGGACCUCCGUUUAAACCGCAGUUAUCACGUCACGAUUCCGUUAGAGAUCACGGAGACGGGGACGACGAUAAGAUACGGCGUCAUCCGGUGGUGAAGUUCGUCGACGAGAGGCAGAUGUCGGCGAGAGAAGCUGUCGCGGCGCAGGAAGCGGCGGAAGCGGAGACUGCAAGCGACGACGAGGAGGAGGAGGAAGAUGAUGGUUUUGGAGAAGCGGAGGAGGAGGAAGCUUCUUCUGCGCCGAAGCAGACGAUGUCGCUGAUGGAUUUGCUGGAGGAGACGGAUAGGCAAAUGGGGUUGACGGGAGCAAGAUACGCCAUGGAUGAUGGAGAAGAUGAGUACGAAGAAGACGAAGACGAGGAAGAAGAAGAAGAAGAUGGAGGAGGAGGAGAAGGAGAAGUGAGUUGCUGCGUUUGUCAGGUGAAGAUCAAAGGCGCGACUUUUACGUCGUGUGGUCACACGUUUUGUAAGCUCUGUUCUAAAGAGCUUAUGGCUCAGAAAGGUCAUUGUCCUGUUUGUACCACCUUCGUCCUCGAGAUCUUUUGAGAAACACACUUUUGAGAAAGUUUGGAACUUUUGUUUUUCUUACAUCAAAAAGAUUCAAACUUUUAUUGGAUGAGACUGUAAGAGAAAUCUUUUACUUUUA